CACACACAUUCUUGCAUAGCUCAUUCUAGUCCUAUUGAGAGUUUGUUUAUCCAUCAUAAUAGGCACUCCAAUAUUACUUGAUAUCAUACCUAAUCCAACAACAUUCCACGUAUAAAGAGGAACUUGUCUCAAAUUCACCCCAGACAGGAACUGAGCGCAAUUCAACAACAUCUUGUUCAAUAUUCUUGUACCAAGGUCUAACAAAGAAGAAUUGUUGUGAAAUAAAUAAAGCACCAUAUUCCAAAGCAGUUCUACGAUCCUCAUCAUAAUCAAACUCAAAAAUAAACAUAUUAUCACCCUUGAUUGUAAGAUUGAAAUUACCUUUAGCUUCCAAGCCCUAGAAACAAAAUUCCUGACCAAAUGAUAAGAAAGUCUCUUACCCGCAAAGAAUCCAACCACCAUAUUCUCACAGCGAUUAAUUUCCUUUUCGAAGGUUGUUGUAGAUACCUGAGUAAUAACCCUCUUACCAUCUUCAAAUUGAGGAUGAAAAAGCGGAAUCUCUACUUCAGGGACAGGAUCCUUUUGCUUAUCAAAGAAAGAAGCCCAAGCUUUCGAAGGAGCCAAUUUCGGAGGAGGGGAUUUCUCAAAACCCGGUGGAACUUCAGGAUCCAAACUCUUAGAUCCAAUACUAACAGAAGGUUUUGCUACAGCUUCCCUAACAGAGCCCUCUAUCCUCUGGGAAGACGAAGAUAGAGGCUGAGAAACCGUUGAAAAAACACUCUCAAUCACUAGAAGUUAAUCGAGAGAAAGCCAGAUCCAACAAAGACGAUGAAGAAAAUGGAAGAAAAACUCAGUUUGACCAAUGGUCAAAAUCACACGGCCAAAGUCAACCUUAGAUCUUCAUCACUAAGCCAAAAAUAUUUCUCUGCUUUCUUCAGGUAAGGUGAGUUUUAUUGUCUUAGCCGAGAAUCAACAGCUUUACUAUUUUGAUUAUAAUGAGAAUUAUGAUGAAAAACUUGUUGAUGGUAUUCGAAGAAUCAAUUUAACCCCUCCAUUUAUAACUGCUGGUCAUAUGGUUCUUGGUUCGUUUAAUGGUUUAGUUUGUCUUUAUGGAUUCAAAGAUUAUACUACUUGUAUUUGUAAUCCUGUGACUAGGGAAUAUGUUAUGCUUCCAAAAUUUAGCAGAGAUUUGGAUCCCAAUCAGUAUAUUCACUGGUCCUGCGGAUUCCUUUAAGCAAUGAGUAUAAAGUUGUGUAAAUGUAUAAGUUAAGGAAAGACCUCUAUACUGUCGAGGUCGCGGUGUAUACUCUUGGGAGUGGCAAUGGGUGGAGAAAUGUUGGGAGGUUGGAUACUAAAUUUGACAAGGUUUAUGAUGGACAAGGUGUUUUUGUGAAUGGAGCGCUGUAUUGGAGGGAUAAAAGAGAAGGAAGGGUUUUGGUAUUUGAUUUGACUGAGGAGAAGUUAAGUGUCCUCCUUUCACCACCUCCUCUGCCACGAGAGGGUUUGUGGUAUCAAUAUACUAUAGGUGAACUGGGCGGGCUGGGUUGCACCAAUACUUCUUGGGGCUCCCUGUAUCGUGUGUCCCCGUAUGGACACGGCCACACAUACUCAGACACACUUAAAAUACUUCUAUCUUACUAUAAACUAGGAAACAGCUGAGAACUAAAGGUCCCUACCUCUAAGGAAAAUUAUAAUCGAAAACAUGCAUGUGCUAGCAGAAAUACACUUGUGCUGUUGUAAACAAGUGCAAAACAAAUGCAGUUGUGUGGUUUUCUCGUUUACAUUUCUAUAUAUAUCUUAAAAAUUGACGGCGCUUCAACAUAUACCGUUGUGUCCCCGUAUUAUAGUUUUUCAGAACUGCCGUACUGGACACACGGACACGUCGCUGUGUCGGACACCCGUGGCGGUAUUGGUGCAACCCAGUGGGCGGGUUUCUAUAUUAUGCUAUCAGAUGUACCCGUGAAGCCACUGAAUGUUUUGACAUAUGGCUGCUGAAAAAUAAGAAUGAUAUUCCUGACAUGGAAGAGCAGGUGGAACACGAGCCAUUGGGUUGGAGUGAACUGUUUUGUCUUCCCGAAAGAGAACCGUUAGCCUUUACCAAGAGUGGCAGUGUUUUGUGUUUCGAUUAUGACACUUUUGGUAUUUAUGAUCCAAUAGCUUCAAUCUCGAAAGAGCUUAAGAAUUUUAGUGCAUUUAAUCAAAUGUUCCGUUACAAGACCACCUUGGUUUCGUUGAAAGAGUUAGGAGAAGAAGAUAUAAAAGUAAUGGAGUCAGCUGAAGCCAUGACGUCAAAGCAGCCUGCAAAAUGAGAGAUCCCUGGAUACGCUUACUUACUGAAAUUUCUUCGAUGGUCAAGAGUUUUCAAUUUGAAGUUUCCUACAUCUAGAAAAUGAGCAAUACCUGGUCCCGACUUCUCUGGAUGUCUUAGUACUAGUCUGUUUCUAUGGAGGAAGAAGGUCUUUGCAUUGAUGAGAUGAAAUGCUGGUGUUUGAACACUUAUGGCAACCGGUUUUAUCAGAGCAUUGAAUGUUGUUGCGCCAGAUAGCCGAUUUAUUUGCCGGACAGAAAAUGUUGUUGUGGCUCACGGUGAGUUAGAAUAAGAUAGUCUUCUUCCCAAGUUCCGAAACGGCAGUUUUGCACUAUUGUGUCCAACCCCGGUUUUUAAUACUGUGUCUAGUUUCAGUCUUAGAUUGACAGAAGUUAUGUCAGUGUUCGACCGAGUAACGACUCGGUCUAAGUCAAGUUGAGUCUACUACUAAAAGUCAGCUCGUUCAAAACAAAACCCCGUCCCUCUCAAAAGUUCCAUUUCUUUUCUCUUCAUUAAAGGUAUAAGAUUUUUCUUCAAGACCCUUUUAACUCAAUGUCUUCAUCCGUGAGUCUCUCAUUUGUUCUCAGGUAGAUAACCAGAAGAAGAACAGUAAAAUUUGAUACAGAGAGAGAUGGUAGUAAUUGAUUCAGUUUCAUUUAUAAUCAUCUUAAUUCUAUAUUCUCUUCUUUUUAUAAACACAGUUUCUUCAACAGAUAUUAAAUUGGGUUCAACUCUUGAACCAAACAACAAAUGGAAUUCAUCCAAAAACACUUUCUCACUUGGUUUCAUACCCAUCAAUGAUUCUCCUUCAUUCUUUGCUUUUGGAAUCUCAUUCUCAAACGUUCUCAUUUGGAGAGCAGGUGGUGAAGCUGGUAAUACUGCCAUUCUCGACUCCGAUUCACGUUUCGAGUUUCUUCGUAAUGGUAAUCUCCGCUUAAUAAAUCAUGUUUCGAAUAAACUUCUCUGGGAAUCAAAUACUGCGGAUAAAGGCAUAACAGUUGCAACACUGGAUGAGUCAGGUAAUUUGUCUCUUAAAAAUGCUUCGAAUUUCUCUGUUUGGUCUACCUUUGAGAAUCCUACUAAUACAAUUUUGCCAAGCCAAGAUUUCACUACUGAUAAGAUUCUAAAGUCUGGGGCAUAUUCUUUUAAUCUGCUUAAGUCUGGUAAUCUUACACUUAGUUGGAAUACUAACACAAUUUACUGGAAUAAAGGACUUAAUCCUUCAAUAGAUGAUACCAACUUAAAUGCACCAUACUUAGGUCUUCUGCAGACUGGUGUUUUCAGGCUUUUCGAUCGAACGCUUUCAUCCCCAGUUACUAUAGCAUCUACUGGUGAUUAUGGAGAGGGUAGUACUGAUACUUAUAGAUUUUUAAGGCUUGAUUCUGAUGGAAAUUUGAGAAUUUAUACUUCUGUUAAGGGUAGUGGAGUAUUUAAUCAGACAUGGGCAGCUGUUCAAGAUCAGUGUUUAGUUUAUGGGUGGUGUGGUGACAUGGGUAUCUGUAGAUAUACUGAAGAAUCAGGCGCUGUAUGCGGUUGUCCGUCGGGGAAUUUUGAGUUGUCAGAUCCAAAUGAUAGUAGAAAAGGGUGCAGAAGGAAGGUGGAGAUUGAAAACUGUCCUAGUAAUCCAAUCAUGAUGGAAUUAGAGAAUACUAGGUUCCUUACUUACCCACCUGAGCUUCCUUCGCAGGCAUUUACUAAUGGGAUUGUGGCGUGUAAAUCAAAUUGCCUCGUGGAUUCAGAGUGUGAUGCAUCCACCUCCCUGGCUGAUGGUUCAGGACUUUGUUAUAUGAAAAGGUCCAAGUUUAUUAGUGGGUAUCACUCUCCUGCUCUUAUUAGUACUUCUUUUGUUAAGAUCUGUGGACCAGUGAUCCCUAAUCCACCACCUCAAUGCGCCCCGAAUGGUGAAACUUUUAGUUUGCGCAGUGGGGUUGUAGCUGUUGUUGUUUUAGUUUCUGUGGGUUGUGUGUGUAUCAUUGGAGUUUGUCUCUGGUUUUGGCGCUAUAGCUAUAGUCCAAAGUAUGGCGGACACUACUCCUUGCUAGAUUACACUUCUGGGGCUCCAAUUCAAUUCUCAUACAGAGAAUUGCAUCGCGCAACAAAGAGAUUCAAGGACAAGCUUGGAUCAGGAGGCUUCGGGUCUGUCUAUAAAGGGGUACUUGCCAACAGAACAGUAAUUGCAGUUAAAAGACUUGAAGGGAUUGAACAAGGGGAGAGACAGUUUAGAAUGGAGGUUGCAAUUAUAAGUAGCACACACCAUUUGAAUUUGGUGAGGCUUAUCGGAUUUUGCACUGAAAGUCGUCACAGAUUGCUGGUUUACGAGUUCAUGAAAAAUGGAUCCCUGGAGAAUGCACUUUUCAAUGUGGAAGAAAAUUCUAGAAAGGUGUUGAACUGGGAAACUCGGUUCAACAUAGCACUCGGGACUGCAAAAGGGAUAACCUACCUGCACGAGGAGUGUCGCGACUGCAUUUUGCAUUGUGAUAUAAAGCCAGAGAACAUACUCUUGGAUGAGAAUUCCAAUGCCAAGGUCUCGGAUUUUGGUCUGGCCAAGCUCAUUAAUCCAAGAGAUGACUUAUUUGAAACAUUGACAAGUAUCAGGGGAACAAGAGGGUACUUGGCUCCAGAAUGGGUGGCUAACCUUCCAAUAACAUCAAAAUCCGACGUUUAUAGUUACGGAAUGGUCUUGCUGGAGAUAGUAGGUGGGAGGCGAAACUUUGACGUUUCAGAGGAGACAGGUGGACUAAGAUUUUCUGUUUGGGCAUACAAAGAGUUUGAGAGGGGAAAUAUCUUUAACAUAGUUGAUAAAAGACUUAUCGAGCAAGAGGUAGACAUGGAACAAGUGAUGAGAGCAGUUCAGGUGAGCUUCUGGUGCAUCCAAGAGCAGCCAUCCCAGAGGCCAAAAAUGGGAAAAGUAGUCCAGAUGUUAGAAGGGAUUGCUUCUAUUGAAAUGGCGCCAUCCCCCAAGGCUGCAACAGAAGUUUCUAUAGUUGGGCCUAGUUUAACUUCACAUGGCAGUAGUAUUGGGAGUUUAGCCCAUGCUCCCCCUCCAUCAUCAUUUUCUGUUGAGACCCAGAGAAGUGAUUAUUUGUACAAAUGAUAAGGUAAUCAUUCCCUGUGGAAGCUCACUGAAACCAGUCAGUUUCUAUCUUAUCAUUAGUUUUUGAGUCAGAAUUUAGAUUAGAAUUUGCUAAUACUAUUAGUUAGUGUUUUUCUUAUAGAGACUUGCAGCCCCAGUGUACACUGCAUAGUUGUCUUCUGUAAUCAGC